GAUUUUUGUCGGUUUAGGGUAUCCAUUGACGUACCUGGUCCAUUAAGGGUACAUCCGACAUGGUUGUUGCGUACUUCUUUCAUGCCCGCCGCCGCCGCUGCAUCACUGAAUCCACUACGUUGGUACGGCGGAAUAGAAAGAUUUCGGACCCCUCGACGGGCGAACCCUUCUUAUUCUGCUUCAUUUCUCCAUCAUUUCGUGCGACGUCUUAGCCAACCCAUCUUACAUCUGAAGCCCCAGCGAGCCGUUUCUCCUAUCGUUCUCCCUCUCGAAGGCAUGGCUGGAGGGGAAGCUGGGUUUCCGGUGCCGUCAACAGCAUACGAGGAGGCGCUCAAUUGCCUGUCCUCUUUGAUUACUCGACGGACCCGAGCCGAUGGGUCAAACAAGGGGGACAACUUCGAUCUUAUGUUCGAAUAUUUGAAGAUCCUGGAACUGGAUGAGCCAAUUACCCAUUUGAAGGUCAUCCACGUUGCUGGAACUAAGGGAAAGGGCUCCACAUGUGCAUUUACAGAGUCCAUUUUGCGGAGAUGUGGCUUUCGAACUGGCCUAUUCACUUCCCCUCACCUGAUUGAUAUCCGGGAACGGUUUCGGUUGGAUGGUAUGGAUAUUUCAGAGGAUAAAUUUUUAUCAUACUUCUGGUGGUGUUAUAACAGACUACAGGAGAAAACUGAUGAUGAUAUGCCGAUGCCAAAUUAUUUUCGUUUUCUUUCCUUGCUUGCAUUCAAAAUUUUUGUAGCGGAACAGGUGCAUGUUGCCAUUCUGGAAGUCGGUUUAGGAGGGAAAUUUGAUGCAACUAACGUGGUUCGAACACCUAUUGUGUGUGGGAUCUCUUCACUUGGAUAUGAUCAUAUGGAAAUACUCGGCAAUACAUUGGGAGAAAUUGCUGGGGAGAAGGCUGGCAUCUUUAAGCAAGGAGUUCCAGCUUACACUGUAACCCAGCCUGAAGAAGCAAUGUCGGUUCUUAAGGCUAAAGCAUCUCAAUUAGGAAUAUCUCUUCAAGUUGCAUCACCUUUGGAUCAAGGAUUGCUGAACGGUCAAAAACUUGGACUUGAUGGUGAGCAUCAGUAUAUAAAUGCUGGCCUCGCAGUAGCAAUGUCACACACUUGGCUUCAGAAAACUGGAGAUGCAGAAGGCAUAUUUUCUGAAAACACUAAGCAGAGUAGUCUGCCAGAACAGUUCAUAAGAGGACUUGCAUCAGCCAGUCUACAAGGACGGGCACAAAUAGUUCCAGAUCCACAUUUUGACAUGCAAAGCUCAAGCCAUGGUUCUGGUGGUUUGUUUUUUUAUUUAGAUGGAGCACACAGUCCAGAAAGUAUGGUGGAGUGUGCAAGAUGGUUUUCUCAUGCUGUGAAAGAAAAUGCUUGCCUUGUCAAUCUUCCUGAGGAACAACCUAAUAAUGAUUGCAGCGCACGGGUGCAGAUACUUUUAUUCAACUGCAUGCCAGUGAGAGACCCUGAAAUGCUGCUUCAACCCUUCAUAAAUACUUGUUCUGACCAUGGGGUCCUCUUUCACAGGGCUAUUUUUGUACCAAAUCAGUCUGUGUUCAAUAAGGUUGGUUCUUACGCAACACCACAAUCGGAUCCUAAGCAAGUUGAUCUAUCGUGGCAACUGACCAUCCAAAGAAUUUGGAGAAACAUCAUAAAUGGAAAAAGAGGACUAGCAGAUGAUUCAGUUUAUAGUAUAGAUGAAGCCUGUGAAAAAGGUGAACGAAGUAAUACAACUGGUUUGGAGAAUAGUACAGUGCUUCCUUCUCUUCCGUCAGCUAUUAAGUGGCUUAGGGAAUAUGCAAAACGAAACCAGUCAAUCCGUGUCCAGGUCCUAGUGACCGGCUCCCUGCACCUCAUAGGAGAUCUUCUGAGAUUUAUUCAGACUUGAGCCUUUCUGCCAAUCCCAAACUUCCAUCUAUGUUAAAUGGAAAUUUGAUUGCCUUGUGAUAGCAUCUUCUUUUUUCUCCCGGCUUUUUUUUUAUGAACUUGGUAAUGCAAAUGUAUUAUAACAUUUUGAGAAAUCUUGUUGGAAUUUUGCAGCUCUUCCAAACCAACUACUAGUUUGAUGGAAAAA